GUGUGUGUGUGUGAAACUGUAAGCCCCAGAAACAUUAUCAAAUAAAGUUUUGUCUGGUUUUGGAUCGGUGUUCUAAUGUGUGGAGAUUGUAUAAUAAAUCUUGCCCAUAAUGCAGGGCGAAUGGGUUGCUCGCAAGUUAUACAACAUUUAAAAACAUGUGCGACUGAUGCGAUAAAUUCUUUAACGAAAGUAAAUAUUCGUCUCGCUGGUAUUGGAGUGAAGAGUGUGCAUCUUACUUUUAUUGAGUUUUCAGUACGUAUCUCUAUCAACAAUCGUAUACUUCACCUUCUUCCAAUUCCAGAUAUCUCCUACAACUUCAAAAUGGGUGGCAGAGAAGUUUCAGCAGGAGCAGUAAAUUCUGAAGCAUUAGAAGCAAGCGACAAAACAAAUUUAGAAUUCAUAUUGAAGGUGCCGUAUGAUAUAGUAAUUAGUAUCAUAAGGGAUGUUGGUUCAGACUGGGAUGUUGACUAUGAAAUUCAUGUACAUCUGACCUUUCAUGUCCCUAUCAUCAGUCAUAUUACAAUUCCUUUAUCUAAGACAGGCGAGAUCAAACUCCCCAAACUUCCGUUCUCGGAUAAUCUUCAUUCUAUUAAAGAUUCUAUAGAUGAUAUUCACGAUUCUAUCAAGGAUUCUAUUGAAGAUAUUAAAGAUCAUCUCCCAUCUAUCCCAGAUCGACUUCCUUCUAUUAAAGAUUCUGUGGAAGAUAUUCAAGAUUCUAUCAAGGAUUCUAUCGAAGAUAUCAAAGAUCAUCUCCCGUCUAUCCCAGAUCGUCUUCCUUCUAUUAAAGAUUCUGUAGAAGAUAUCCAUGAUUCUAUUAAGGAUUCUAUUGAUAAUGUUCAUGAUUCUGUGGAAGAUAUCAAAGAUUCUAUUAAGGAUUCUAUGCAUGAUAUGAAAGAUUCUAUCAAGGAUUCUGUGGAUGAUGUGAAAGAUUCUAUCAAGAAGCAUUUGCAUUUACCAGCUAUCCAUGGCCAUGAUCUCUUUCAUCGUAAAUAAAUUAAACUAAUACAUGUUAGAUAGCUUCCUUUACAUUAUAUGCAUAAAUGUUACUGUUUUGGUUUGUUAUUCACUCUUUUUUUUUUUGGCUUUAUGUUGCUUAUAAUCAUUAAUAUGGAAAAUCCAGUUAUGAAAUAUAGUGUAAAAUCUCAACGAUUUUAAGUGCGUACUUGGACAUAUAUGGUUGGUUGUUCAUGUUCAAGUGAAGUUAUUAGAAUAAACAUGUCAAGUUCUUGAUGUUGUCA